UUCUUGUACGUGCGCAGAUGGGAAAGUGGGACUACAUGAACUAUGUUACCUAUGAUCGAUGUGUUGGUGCUAAGCGCGAACUCGGUUUCGACAACAAGUUCUACAAGUACCUGUUCUCCAGAUUCAAGCCAAGGGGGUUUCCGCAAGGCAGGGAGCGGCUGACCGAAAACAGCUACAGUGUCUACAACCUUGAAUUUUCACCGGAAGGGAAAUAUCUGAUCGCAGCGUGUUCAGAUAGAGCUAUCAGAGUGUUGGAUCCUGCCAGACAGAACAUCGUGAGCGAGAGACCAAAGGCGCAUGAUCAUUGCGUCAACUGUGUGCGGUUCUUGGAUUCACGCAUGUUUGUCACUGGAGGCGAUGACCAAAAGAUCAAUGUAUGGGAUAUCAGGAACAUGUCCGACAAGGUUCACUGUCUACAUGGUCACGAUGCCUGGGUCAAGAGUCUCGCCUACAUCAAGGAAUCCAGAACGUUGCUUUCUUCCGCGUUUGACGGCAACAUAUUUGCUUGGGAGAUGAACCGGUUCAAUGCCGGAGGAAUGAUCGAACCAACGCAAAUAAUUGACAUCAGCGGUUUGAUGAGAAUGACUGUGACUCCUGAUGCCUCGAAAAUGAUAGUCUCGAACUCUUCGGGAUUCAUAAUGGUUUUUCAUGACUUGGACAUUUGGCGGAUGCGGGAACAGUAUCGUGGUGUCAAAGUAAACAUGUAUAGGCUCAUGCAAGUGAGUGGAAUCCCGUUGGAGGAGCAGAUGAAGUACGGGCAUUUGUUCCUGGCCGAAAGGAACAGGCUCGAGUUCAUUUCGGACUUCCCUAGUGGCAACGAGGCCUGUGUUAUAUCAUCACUUGUGAUACAUCCUGACGGGAAACGCUGCAUCAGCAGACACAACACAAAUUCUCUCAAUGCCGAAGUGAGGGAGGCUAUGGUUGAAGACUCCAUUGACCGGGUGGUCCGAGGUGAGGAUGAGGACGUGUUCAGAAAUUUCCCGAGAGCACCAAGAAUCACCAGAAGCCGAGUUGUUAUUGAAAUGCUGAGAGACUCUAUGAGAAGAGUCAUGGCAAAUUUUGGUUCCCAGGAAGAUGGCUACCGCGUGCGGUUCUUGUCUCGAGACACGUGGUAUGCUCUGACUGCGAUACGUGAUGCCCGCAGGCAAGAACCGAUGGAGCACCGGCUCCAUCAAGGGUUGGCGCCUGGCGAAUCCCGGUGGUCCCUCAAUUCCGAGUGGAACCGGAAGUUGUUGCGGCUGCACUCGAAUAAAGAAUGCAGGUGUGAAGUCCCGUUUGAGGAGAAGACGGAUUUCACGCAGAACGACAUUUUCCCGAACGUUCCGAGGAUGACGCACCACAUGGAAGAGGCCAAUGUGCAACACGGGUACAUUAAGGAGAUCUCCGUGAGCCCGUGUGGGCGUGUGAUUGCUUCACCCUAUGGCCUCGGGCACAGGCUCCUCAUGUUUGACCAGGAGUGCAAACUGCCCGGCAAGGCUCGUCAAAUCGACUUGUCAGUGGACAAGUCAUCUCGCGACAACAAGCUCGGAGACUCUGUUUCCCUGGUGGAAGUCUCCACCCUGUUGGUUCAUUCUGCACCCGUGCUCACCACCCAGUUCUCACCGGAUGGCUCGUGUCUGGUGACUGGGUGUCUGGAUGGGAAGGUUAUCUGGCACAGGCCAGUCUUGUAAGGAGGGGUUACUCGUUUGCCUUUUUUUUGUUUUUGUGGUCCCUG